UACUGACUUGGCUGACUGACGUCACACAAAACACGUGUGUUCGGAAGACGCACGUUAGGACUGGAUCUGUGCUGAGAUCGAUUUGCUUUUUACUUGCAAUCGUUUUUAAUUUAGGUUUUGUCGAGUGAAAUAAACAAACUCCGCUGUAAUGGGCGGAUUACAGAAGAAGAAGUAUGAGAGUGGAUCAGCCACUAACUAUAUCAGCAGGAAUAAAGCCCGCAAGAAGCUGAGUCUGAGUCUGGCUGAUUUCAGGCGGUUAUGCAUAUUGAAAGGAAUCUAUCCUCAUGAACCCAAACACAAAAAGAAGGUCAACAAGGGCUCAACAGCGCCUAGAACCUUCUACCUGCUGAAAGACAUCCGCUUCCUCUUGCAUGAGCCUAUCGUUGGCAAGUUCAGAGAGUACAAGAUUUUUGUGCGGAAACUGCGGAAAGCAUAUGGAAAAGCUGAGUGGAGUGGAGUGCAGAGAAUGAAAGAGAACAAGCCUGCAUACAAACUGGACCACAUCAUCAAGGAGAGGUAUCCCACGUUCAUUGAUGCUGUCCGAGAUGUAGAUGAUGCCCUUUCUAUGUGUUUUCUGUUUUCUACGUUCGCUCGCACGGGAAAAUGCCACGUUCAGACAAUUCAGCUGUGCCGGAGACUUGGCGUCGAAUGGAUGAACUACAUUAUCGCCUCACGGUCCCUGAGAAAGGUUUUUCUUUCUAUUAAGGGUAUUUACUACCAGGCUGAGGUUCUGGGACAAACCAUCACAUGGAUCAUACCAUAUCAGUUUGCCCAUGAUCACCCUACAGAUGUGGACUACAGAGUUAUGGCCACAUUUACAGAACUCUACACAACACUGCUUGGAUUCGUCAAUUUCCGCCUUUACCAGACCCUCAACCUUGUCUACCCGCCCAAGCUUGAUGGACAAGGAGAGUUCAGCCUCAAAUCAGAGUGUGAAGAAGAUUAUGCCCUGGAAUCCGAAAGCUAUUCUGAGAAACUGGCAGCGUUAAGUGCCAGCCUGGCCCGUACGGUUCCAUCAGUGGAGGAUGAGGAGGCGGAGCUGGACCAUUUCCCUGCUGAAGGGGAAGACCUGGAGAAAAUGGAGACGAGAGAGAAGAUGGAGCUGGAGCAAAACAAACAGAAGAAGCUCUUCGAAGGGCUGAAGUUUUUCCUAAACAGAGAAGUUCCCAGGGAAUCGCUGGCUUUUGUCAUCAGGUGUUUCGGUGGAGAGGUCUCCUGGGAUAAAUCACUGUGCAUCGGCAGCACUUACGAUGAAACAGACGAAACAAUCACACAUCACAUUGUGGACAGACCCACCAUCGACAAACAGUAUAUCAACAGGUACUACAUCCAGCCCCAGUGGGUGUAUGACUGUGUAAAUGGAAAGAUACUGUUACCCGUAGAGGAAUAUUUCCUGGGAGUUACACUGCCGCCCCAUCUGUCGCCGUUCGUGGAGGAGAGUGAGGGAGAUUAUGUGCCGCCUGAGAAACUCAAACUCCUGGCCCUGCAGAAAGGAGAGAAGCCACAAGCAGAAGAGGAUGAGGAGGAGGAAGAAGAAGAGGACGAUGAAGAUGACGAAGAGGAAGAUGAUCAAAGUGAGGAUGAAGAUGAGGCUGAAGAUGAAGCUAGUUUAGCUGAAAUGGAGGAGAAGAGAGCUCAAGGAAAGAGUCUGUCAGUAAAGGUGACCCCUGGUAAAGUCAAACCAGAGAACCGCAUGCGCACCGAACAAGAGGAGAAAGCAGAGGAGAAGAGACUGGCUAUCAUGAUGAUGAAGAAGAGAGAGAAAUACCUCUAUGACAAGAUCAUGUUUGGCAAGAAGAGACACGUCCGAGAGGCUAACAAGCUAGCAGCUAAGAGGAAAGCUCACGAUGACGCCAACAAACCCGACAAGAAGAAGAAGAAGAAAAAGUGCUGAUUUUUACAUGUAUUAAAGUGCUUCUUGUGCGUUCUCUCACUGUCGAGAGAUUUUGAGAAUCGUUUCUUCUCUUGUUUCAACACAUUGCAUCAUUUAAUGGGAACUGUACAUGAUCCACAGAACUCCAUGUGUCAUUUAAGUUUGGCCAAACUUGUUUCAGUGACACUUUUCUGCAUUUCUUAUCUGUCUUUGCUCAUCAGUUUUGACUGUGACACAUGUCUAAUAAACAGAAGAAAAAGAAGAUAA